GUGUUCCCUACAGGAAAUGAGUUAAAAGUCCCACACGCUGUCAACAACACAAACACGUGGUUCCAGUAACUACAGGCUACAUAACAUCAUCUACGUUGUUUUAUUUUUUAUUUAAUAGUUCGAUUUUCUAAAGUAGUCAUGCAGCUCUGUGGAGUUUGCAGCGAACAUGUUCCUAAAUACAGAUGUCCGGCCUGCAGAAUCAGAUAUUGUUCAGUGAGUUGCUUUAAAAGACACAAAGAUGAUGAUUCAUGCCACCCAAUUAAAGAACCCGAUCCGGCCUCCAGCAGCCCGACUCCAGUGCGCAACGCCGAACAGCCGUGGGUUGUUGAGGAUCUCCUUGAUGAAGACAGUCAGACUGACAAAGUGCCGUUACAGAAACUUCAGCAGCUCGGAGAUUCAGAGGCGCUGAAGGGUCUGUUGAGGAAUCCUCAUCUGCGACAGCUAAUGAUGUCGGUGGACUCGGCCGGAAAUAAAGCCAAAGCCAUGAAAGACGCCAUGCAGGAGCCGCUGUUCGUGGAGUUUGCGGAUCGGUGCUUAAAAAUUAUUGAACCUACGCAAACAGAGAGUGUUGAUGACCGAUACUGAUUUCAUUGAACUCC